AUGUUUUGCGACAGUGCUGCUCACGAUGUGGCGGCUGUUUACGACACCAGCUACGUUCGCGGCACACGUGUGUACAGUCUACAGCCGGGCGGUGUUUACUCCAACAUGGCCAAAGUUUCCAAGAAGAAAGCGAGUAAAACGCGACCAAAAAAGAGCUCCAAGGUAACGGCUGAGCCCGCACCGGAGCAGCAGGAUGCACUCUACGAGGACGACGAGGAGGGAUUAGACGGAGAAAAUGAAAACAUCACCAGUGAAGAGGAGCAGGAGGAAGACGGUGAGGAUGAACGAAAACGCCAGAAGCUGCUGGAAGCCAUCAGCGCGCUGGGAGGUAAGAGGAAGAAGAAGCUGGGGGAGAGAUCCGAGGCUGCCCUCAACGUGUCCGAGUUUACGGUCAACGCGGAGGGGGAGAGGGACAAGAUCGACCUAUCGGACCUGAUCGGGACUGUGGAGACAACCCCGGCUGUCCCCGCCAAGACCAAGAAGCAGCUCCAGAACCUGCAGCGGAGCAAGAAGACCAUCGAGUGUCCUUUGAGCAAGCAGGAGAGUGAGAGGAUCCAGAGAGAUGUGGCGUUUCAGAAGGCUGCCUCAGAGGUGACCCGCUGGAAGGGGAUCAUCAAGCAGAACCAGAGGGCCGAGCAGCUGGUCUUCCCUCUGAACCAGGAGCCCUCUGGCCCCAGACCCAUGGAGAGGGUGGUGACCAGCUGGAAGGCACAGACCCCGCUGGAGCAGGAGAUCUUCGCCCUGCUGUCUGCCAACAAACAGCCCAUCAAUGACCCUAUCCUGACCCCCGCAGAGGAGGCCUCCAUGAGGGCCAUGAGCCUGGAGGAGGCCAAGAUCCGCCGGGCAGAGCUGCAAAAGGCCCGGGCCCUGCAGUCCUACUACGAGGCCAAGGCACGCAGAGAGAGGAAGAUCAAGAGCAAGAAGUACCACAAAGUGCAGAACAAAGCCAAACGCAAAGACUUGGUGAAGCAGUUUGACGAGAUGGUGAAGACGGACCCCGGCGCAGCCCUGGAGGAGCUGAAUAAGAUGGAGCUGUCCAGGAUGCAGGAGAGGAUGUCACUCAAGCACCAGAACAGCGGCAAGUGGGCCAAGUCCAAGGCCAUCAUGGCCAAGUAUGACGAGGGCGCCCGCAAAGCCAUGCAGCAGCAGCUGGAGGUGAACAAAGAGCUCACCCAGAAGCUGGUGACCUCGUUGAAUAAUGAGGAGGAGGACGAGGAGGAACAGCAGGAAGAAGCAGGUGACCCAGAGGUGCUGCCAGAUUUUGUCAAUGAUGCAGAACAAGGAGUGGAUGCUGCAAACCCCUGGAUGAGAGGGAAGCUGUCUGAAGAUCCUGCUGAAAAAGAGAUGAGUGACACUGUGGAUCUGACAGCAGAGGAGCCCGGAGCACCAGAAAAUCUAGCACAAGAAGAGGAGGAGGUCAUGGAAACUGAAGAGGAAGCGCUUCUCAGAGAGUUUGACAGCAGGAGGAAAUGGCGUGCAGCUCAGGAGAUGGACACAGCAGCUGUAAUAGCUGUGGAGGAGGAGCAGGUGGAGGCUGCAGCAGAGGAGCCGGAGGUGUCAGACAGAGAGGAGGAGGAGGAGGAGGAGGAGCAGAAGGAGGCUGCAGCAGAGGAGCCGGAAGUGUCAAACAAAGAGGAGGAGGAGCUCUCACAGUUCACGAGCAUUUUCAGAGGAUUAGCGGCUGAAGCUGCUGCAGACGCCGGCCACACGGACUCUUCAGCUCAGCUGGAGGAGGGACUGAUGAGGGUCAGGACUCUGGAGGACAUGGAGCUGCUCAGUCAGGAGACGGCUGCUGCUGAUGAAGCGCCUGAUGAACCCCAGCAGCCCCCGGCCACAGACACCCUGCACUCUGAAGGUCAGACAGCAGGCAAAGGCAGGAAAAGGAAGAGAGGGAUCGAGCUGAAAAAAGUUCUCACCAAAGAGACAAAAGUCAUCCAAGGCCCCCUCACUCCAACCAUCGAGGAUGCUGAGGACUCAGAUGAAAAGUUGGACCAGAGAGGGAUCAUCAAAGAGGCCUUUGCCGGAGACGACGUCAUCUCCGACUUUCUGAAGGACAAGAGGAAGCAAGAGGAGGCGGGGAAGCCCAAGGUGGUGGACCUGACGCUGCCUGGGUGGGGCGAGUGGGGAGGCAUCAACCUCAGGCCGUCCCGCAACAAACGCAGGAGGUUCAAGAUCAAGAUGGCGCCACCCCCACCCAGGAAAGAUCAGCACCUGCCCAGCGUCAUUAUGUCAGAGCAGAGGAACAGCUCCAUCAGCCUCCACCAGGUCAACUCGCUGCCCUUCCCCUUCGAGAACCAUGCGCAAUUUGAGAGCACCAUCCGCUCCCCGCUGGGACGCACCUGGAACACCGAGCGCACCGUGAAGAAGAUCAGCAAACCCAAGGUGCUCACCCAGCUGGGCGCCAUCAUCGAGCCCAUGGCCCGGGAGGAGCUUAUGAAAGACAGGAAGCAGGGGCCUGCUGGGAAUAAAAGCAGCAUGGACUCUAGGAAAAAAAAACACUAACGGCUUUUACUGAUAAAAAAAAAAAAAAAAAAGCAGGUUGUUAGCUCCUGCUGAGCUUCUGUUUGGAGCCUCUGUGUGUGUGUGUGACUGUCUGCGUGGGAUGCUGAUCACUUUACAUCAGUCUAUAUCAUGAGAAUAUUUCAGCGUUAAGCCUUUUUCUGGAGCCUUUCAUAUUGUAUAUUUGAUAUCAGGAUAUGUUAAAUGAAAUCUAAAAAAGAAAUCAACAAAUAAUGAAGAUUGUUUAAAAUAAAUUUCAUCUGUGGAGUUAAAGACAUGCGUACAAGCCUGUGAGUUCAAUUAUUCACUGCUAGUCUUUAUUUGCUCACUUAUUAAAAUACAUUACAGAGGGACUCAUGCAACAACAUUCUCUUAAAUUUCUCUCAUAUUUUCUCUUCACCCUUAGAGACUGUUUGGUGCAUUUUACA